AGUAGUCAGUUGUUACGGCAGCGGCAGUCCGUUUCGUUUGGUCGUUAGAUUUUAGUUUCGUUUUCGUUAUUUCGCAUUUGUUUAUAUCAAAAACGUCGCGAUUAAAAAGUUGCUCCCCCACCCCUUCAGCCGUUGAGUGCGCGUAGUAAAACAAGUUUACCGAGAACAACAUAAUAACACAGCUGCCACAUACAAAAUGGAUGCACUGAGCGACUUAUUGGCACCAUACAGCGAGACCAUAGGCAAAAUAGCCGGCACAAUAACUACCCUACAAUUUCUGUCCGGUGUCGCUCUGCUAAAUGAUAUACGCAAAAAGGGCAGCAGCGAUGUUUACCCCGUUGGACCGUUUUUGGGCGGUAUUGUGCUCACAGUUCUCAGCUUGAAGCUGGGCCAAUUGAUGGGCGACCAGCCAAUGAUAAAUGUCAAUAUAAUUGGAUUUGCGAUCAAUACAGUUUUCAUGGUCGGUUUCUAUUAUUAUGCCUCCAGUGAGAACAAAUCAAAGAUCUGGAUCAAAGUUGGCUACGUCUCCCUGUUCCUGAUGGCCUGCAUAGCCUAUGCGAACUUUGAGGAUCCCAAACAGAUCGAGUUCCGGCUGGGCAUGCUGAUCACAUCCAUUCUCGUUUGGCUGGUUGGCUCCCCGCUGCUGAAUCUACCCAAUAUUAUUAAGAAGAAAAGCACUGAGGGCAUGCCCUUUCCCAUUAUAUUUGCCGGACAACUGGUUGCCACAGCCUGGACGCUGUACGCACUGUCCAUACGCAAUCACGUCAUGGUGUACCAGAAUUUGUUCCUGUGGAUUUUGGGCAGCAUUCAGCUGGCGAUGUUUGUUCUCUAUCCCAGCACGCCCGCUAAGAAACCCAAUGCCAAGUCCGCCAAGAAGGAAAAAUAAACGACUACGUUCAA